AUGGCGUCUGCGAGCGCCGAUACCCUCGCGCGUGACUCGGUCGUCACGUCGCCCACUUCUGACCUCUUGGUGCUUUCGCGAGACGACGAGAGGAUUAGCACGACCCCGACUUCGGAAGCCACGACGACGGCCUCCCCGUGUACGGUGACGCUCAUGUCACCGAGCGUGUUUCUCGCCAGCCACGAAGAGAUGUUUCCGUGCGACUUGGUGGAUUUGAUAAACAUGCUCAACGACUCCGACUCCGACGUCGAGUCGGGAUCGGCCGCGGCGCCGUCGUCGAGCUCGAGCGUGGCGCGUUCGCAUGAGUAUUCGUCUUCGAUCGCAAACAACGGAAAGGGAAAAUCAUCAUACUGGCAAAAUCAGGCGCUCUGUUCACCCGCUCGUCGAGCGUUCUGGUGCGGCGACUCGUGUCGCUUGCCCGACGCUCGCGAAAUCUCGAGACGCUUGGACGAGCUCAAUGCUCAAUACGUGCUUCGCGUGAGAAGUAUGCGCACGCGCUGA